UGGUCUGCUGCCGCGCUGCCGCUGCUUGCAGCCGCUUGUCCGUCAGUCAGAUGCUUGCGUAAACGUAGUAACGUAGGAACCCGGGCGGCAGUUUGUCGUGGUCGUCUCUAGGAUCGGUACGGCAUAGACCGUUCGCGAUGGCGUACUGCAUGUGGAACGGCGCCGAAAAGUACCGAGACACUUUCGUGUCAGGUACCUACGUCUGCUCGCAGUGUGGCUACGAACUGUUCUCUAGCCGGACUAAGUUUUCCCAUCAUUCCCCCUGGCCUGCAUUCACUGACACGAUACAUGAGGACAGCGUCAUCAAGAAACCAGAAUUUGGCCGGUCUACUGCACUCAAGGUGUACUGUGGAAAGUGCAAGCAAGGCCUCGGCCACGAGUUCCUAGGGGACGGGCCCAACGGCAAGUCACGCUUCUGAAUCUUCUCGGAGUCGCUGCGGCUCGUCCCCAGCGACCAAGUGCCAGGUUCUACGGACGCGACGAAUGCCAGGGAUGCCCCAGACGGCCACCUGGACCAAAAGCCGAAGCCUAUGGGCCUCCUGUAUCGCUGCAACCUGUCCUAAACGUUGUCCAAGCCUGUCUGUAAAAGCGACUACAGCGUAAUCUCGUCACCGCUGCCUGCGGAUCAGCCACUGGCAGACCGUCCCUGAAUGUGAUCCACAACGUGCCUGGUGUACUGUGAGGGCACCAUUCGAGCUUUUCUGGGCGUGUCGGUUGUUGACUACAUGUUAAGAAUUGUAAACGGAAAGUGUUAUGUCCGCGUAUGCCACGACGUUUACGCCAAUAUUGUCCGAUUGAACCCUGUCCACCAGCGAUGUGCCAGUGACACCUUGGAUGUUUUGGACUAUUAGUUGACUUCAGUUUGACUGCAUGUUUGCCUCUAUAGUCAAAUGCAACUUUAGAAGGCAGCGACACUUCCUCACCAAAGAUGUAUGAGCCUGCACACUAGACGUCAGUCUAGUGACUGGAGUCGCAAAAGGUGCAUGAAUGUGCAUGCACACUAGACCGAUGUUGUAAGCUGGUGACGACCGGUGACUUCAUUGUCUGGCUCACGAACAAUACCAUUUCUUUAGUCGUGGAGACAUAUGGCAGUCGCACUUCAGUAAUCUGGACAGGGCUUUCCUGCCUUCUCAAGUUGUGUCCGAUUAUAUUGAUGUGACAAGAAACAAUUCAAAAUUCAUCUCACAACAGGCAGAUAAGUGCAAACUCUUCGAGAUUCCCCAAUUUUGCAGACUCGAGGAAGUGUAAUCAACUUUCAUUUGAAACUGUGAUCUCACAAGCGUACAUUGUUAAACACAAGCUGUAAACAUGGAGCCUGCUUGAAAGGGAAGCUAUAGAAACUGAAUGAGCAUGUGCACUGUUUUUCAAGUCGCACUGGCAGUCGUACUGGCAUUCAACUAACUUCCAUUUU